GUGCUGCUUGCAUCGUAUCGCCAGCCACCUCACUAACAACUGCGCAUCGAAGUAGUUUGGACGUAGAAAAUUUCCGCUCUGUGAGAAACGACGACAAACGGACAAAUUUUUCGUUCUGUUCAAGAAAUCAAAAUGUCCAAAUCUGGUUCAAGCGCGAAUUCUGCGGCGUCGAUGCUCGGCGGGGAAGUUUUGGAAAUCGAACAAUGUCUGUUUCCGGUGCCGGAGGAGUUUUUCAUGAAAAGCCCCCCGAAGGCGGAAGAGUGCAUUUCGGUGGCAUUUAGUGACUCGCUGGGGGAAAUUCCGCGAGUUCCGUCGUACACCAGGCUGGAGGACCUGCUGCGCCAGGGGUUCUCGUCGGAGGUCAUCGACAAGUUGUGCUUCAACGAGAUGCUGCUGAUAAGUGCCGGCAACGAUGAAACCGUCGUCGGUGGACUGGCCGUACAGGUGGAAACCAUCGCCGACGAGGUGGUGGCCGUUUUCUGCAGCUCGCAUUUCGCCAUGGGUGAGGAUAGGACGGCUCGUUGUGAACUGCUGGCCUUGACCGAUAAACAAUUUAACCCAUUUCAGGAGCGAAAGUGUGAAACGGUUCUGGCGGGCGAUUUCAAACAGGAAAAGCAACUGCAGUUGUACUUUGAAGAAGAUCAAAGCGUGACUGCCUAUCGCCAGGAAACGGUAGCCGACAAGUGCGAGAGCUUCGAAGGCACUCUCAACGCCGGUGAAGACGGCCUUCUGGUCCCGGAUGGUUUGAACAUUCUAUUCAUGCGAUAUUUGGUCUACACGGGUUUCAUUGGAGAAAUUCACACGCGCACAAUCGACAUAGCAGGUCGCAUCGGACAUUCCCUGUAUCACAUUUCCCCGGGUGCACCACACGAAAUUGACGGUGAUCUCCAGAGUACAAUGCAAGUAAUUCGCACUAUAUUCUACUCGGACACGGACGAGCCGGAAAUCAGUACCAGCCUCUACCUCUCGUCUGGCCAUUUGCUGCGACAUUCGUGGAAUAACUCGAACUAUUGCAUCGUGCUCAACCCAAGAGAAACGAUCUCAGAAUUCCCCAUCGACGUAGAAGAUCUUUGUACCACAAUGCGUAUUUAUCUGGAAGAACUGGCCAAAUUGCUGGAAGGUGCUCCCCAGGAACCAUCUUCCAGGUGUUCCAUUACAAUGCAGAAGCCAUCGCAAAUCGUGCGAGCGGUGCUUUCGGAAAUUUUACGGGAUGCCACAGAAAAGGCUGCAGCCGUGUCUCGACGGCCCUCCGAAUGUUCCAUAUCGUCUGCGGCUAUUCGGGAUGUAUUGGUAGAUUUAAUAAAUCAUAUGUCUAUAAUGUAGCA